AUGACCACGACUACACCACCUCAAUCGCAGCUCACUGAAAUCCCACCGGGCCUCUCGCCUCUCCCAAUAACCCUCCCACCAGACUCCCACAUCAAACCAUUCACUAACGGGCCCGCCAAUCCCGUCGAGUACGCGGGGUCGCCAUGGCGCGAAUUGCCCGUGCUAGUCAAGAAAUAUACAACGACUAUUAUCGUGCAAGGAAUGAAGAAACGAGGCUGGGGAAUCGGAAAAUACAAUGGCUUCGGAGGCAAAGUCGAACCAAACGAAUCCUCUCUCGACGCAGCAAAACGAGAACUCCACGAAGAAGCAGGAGUAACAAUCCCACCCACUCCAGGCUCUAUAACACAUGCUGGAACACUCCUCUUCCUCACUUCCUCCGUGGAAUGGGCAUUCCACAUCGAUAUCUACCGCGUGGAUAAGUUUGAAGGGGAGAUCACAGAGUCAGAUGAGAUGAAACCAGAAUGGUUCUCAAUCAACCCAGAACCUUCAGUAUCCAACGGCCUGCCUCCCAUCCCAUACGACAAAAUGUGGGAGACAGAUAGGUGCUGGCUGCCCCUCCUCCUCUCCAACAAGAAAUUCGUCGGACGAGCGGAUUUCGUUGGUGAAAAAGACCAAUCUCGAGCCCACAAGUGGUGGUACGGUAUCGUAGAUUUGGAUUCAUAG